CGGUUUAGAACCCGGAUGGAACAGCCAUUGGGGGAAGUGGAUUGGGCUUGUCGAUGAGAAGGGAUCUCUGGAGUAAAAAAGACGCAAAAGAUAGAUCCCUUUUUGGAGAUUGUACCGGAUCUAAAACCAUUAUCUGGAGAGUUACAAAUAUUAUCCGCACUUUUUUAAGCUUGGAUACUGAAUCCGAGCGGACGGGAUAAGAUACUUGAACUGUGGAAGUUGAUCUGGGGAUACGUGCAGUGGAAAAACACUUUAGCUAACCUAGCAAGCUAGCUAGCUAACUUAGCAACAGUGAACCGUCGAAACUGGGGCUUCAGAUACAGUAACCUGCUAGGCUCCGUGCGAAUCCAGGGACUUGCUUAAUGAAUUAUGUCUGCCACAAGCAUUGACCCUCAGAGAUCAAAGGGACAAGCGUCUAAAGUUCAAAAUGGUUCACUGCAUCAGAAGGAGACUAUCCAGGACAAUGACUUUGAGCCGUACCUCACUGGCCAAUCAACCCAGGUGCGUGACUGGCCGCAGAACAACAGCUACCAGUCCAUGACCGACCCCUACCUGUCCAGCUACUACGCCCCCUCCAUCGGCUUCCCUUACCCCCUCAGCGAGGCCCCCUGGUCAACUGGCGGAGACCCCCCCAUCCCUUACCUCACCCCCUACGGACCCUUGAGCAAUGGCGACCACCACUUCAUGCCCGACACCGUCUUUGGCCAGCCCGGUGGCCUGGGCAGCAGCAUCUAUCCGCACCGCUUUAACUUUUUCCCCGAGAACCCGGCCUUCUCCGCCUGGGGCACCAGCGGGUCUCAGGGCCAGCAGACUCAGAGCUCCGCCUACGGGGGCAGUUACAGCUACCCUCCGAGCUCCCUAGGGGGUACCCUGUUGCCAGACAGUCAGACGGGCUUCCACAGCGACACGCUCAACAAGGCCCCCGGCAUGAACAGCCUGGAGCAGGGCAUGGUGGGCCUGAAGAUCGGUGGGGACAUGGCGGGCCAGGGCUCCGGGGUCAAGGCUGUGGGCUCGGCGAUCGGUGGACCGCCGGCCACGGCGUCCCAGCAGCAGCAAGGGAACGGUGGCACGCCCGCUGGCAUGCCCAAGCCCACCUCCUGGGCAGCCAUUGCCAGCAAGCCAGCCAAGCCCCAGCAGCUGAAGGCCAAGGCCAAACCAGGCAUGCCCAGCCCCGGGGGAGCCCUCCCUCCCCCUCCCAUCAAACACAACAUGGACAUCGGCACCUGGGACAACAAGGGGCCCAUCAAUAAAGUGUCCCAGGCCCCCAUUCAGCAGCAGCAGGAGGCUAUGAACAUGCCCCUCGGUCACCCCAUGCAGAACCACAACCCCAUGCAGAACCACAACCCCAUGCAGAACCACAACCCCAUGCAGAACCCGAACCCCAUGCAGAACCACAACCCCAUGCAGGCCCCUCCUCAGUCCCUGAUGCCCCAGCAGAUGCAGCCUAUGGCGUUACAGCACCAGCCUCACCAGCAGCACCAACCCCCUCCCCAGCCUUACCAGAACCACAACCAACCCCCGCCCCCGCAGACGCGUUGGGUGGCCCCGCGCAACCGCAACCCGGGCUACGGGCAGGGAGCAGCAGGCAUGGACGUUAGCGGAGCCUUGUGUGCGGGCAAUGGCGCCGGCCCGCCCGGCUCCGCCUGCCUGAUCCCUGGCGGCGCGGAGAACCACCCGGUGCUUGAGAAGCUGCGCGCGGUCCACAGCUACAACCCGAGGGAGUUUGAAUGGAACCUGAAGAACGGCCGUGUGUUCAUCAUCAAGAGCUACUCCGAGGACGACAUCCACCGCUCCAUCAAGUACUCAAUCUGGUGCAGCACGGAGCACGGCAACAAGCGGCUGGACGGCGCCUUCCGCGGCCUCAACGGCAAGGGGCCCGUCUACCUGCUGUUCAGCGUCAAUGGCAGCGGGCACUUCUGCGGCGUGGCUGAGAUGCGCUCGCCCGUGGACUACGGCACCAGCGUUGGCGUGUGGGCGCAGGACAAGUGGAAGGGGAAGUUCGACGUGGACUGGCUGUUCGUGAAGGACGUGCCCAACAGCCAGCUGCGCCACAUCCGCCUGGAGAACAACGACAACAAGCCGGUGACCAACUCCCGGGACACCCAGGAGGUCCCCCUGGAGAAGGCCAAGCAGGUGCUGAAGAUCAUCGUGGGCUACAAGCACACCACCUCAAUCUUCGACGACUUCUCCCACUACGAGAAGAGGCAGGAGGAGGAGGAAGAGGUGCGCAAGACCUUUGAGCCUCCUGCGCCCAUCCAGACCCGGUCUCGUCUUGAUCAGGAGCGCCAAAACCGGAGUAAACAACAGUAGAAGACGCUU